AUGAAGCAAGCUCCUAAGUUGAGUGAUGCAAACAGCCCAAACAAUAAACUCAUUAAUAUUCUAUUAUCAAAAUAAAAGAGUCCUUCAUAAUAUACUAUUUAGAGUCCUGCAGUAUCUCCAACUUAAGCUCAUAUGCCUAAAGGUCAAUACCAAAGCAAGAACACAUCCAUUGAUUUGUCCAAAUUGACCACUUUAAUGAAACAAUAGAAAGUGAAGUCCCCCUCGGAAGGACAGAAAGAUUCAAUGACUUAGCUCCUAGCAAAAGCUCGAGCAAUUGCCACAUCAGCAAAGACACCCACAGGACCAAUUCAUAUUCGAAAUGACUCAGCCAAGGUUCGUAAGGAGAACAAAGAGCCACAAGUCGUAAGUCCAAAGGUUUCAGAUACAAAAUAGAUGGGGAAAGCGUCAUUUACAUUUGAAUAUGUAAUUGGAAUUGGUGGAUUUGGGAAAGUAUGGAAGGUCAAGAAAAUUGGACAGUAAUAUGCAAUGAAAGAGAUGUCUAAAGCGUUGGUGAUAACAAAGAAGAGCGUAAACUCAGUAAUGAACGAACGUAUGCUACUCAGUCAACUCAAGCAUACAUUCUUGAUUAAUAUGUACUAUGCAUUUCAAGAUCGAGAAAACUUGUACUUAGUGAUGGAUUACAUGCGGGGAGGUGACCUGAGAUUUCACAUUGGAAGAAUGAGACGAUUCAAUGAGGAACAGACUAAGUUUUUUGUGGCCUCUAUUUUUAUUGGUCUUGAGUACUUACAUACUAACAAUAUUAUACACAGAGACAUCAAACCUGAGAAUCUGGUACUUGAUGAAAAGGGUUUUGUUCAUAUUACUGAUUUAGGUAUUGCCAGAGUCAUGAAACCUGAAAAUUCAAGCGACACGAGUGGUACUCCUGGUUAUAUGGCUCCUGAAGUGAUGUGUAGAUAGAACCAUACUUAUGCAGUAGAUUACUAUGCUUUAGGUGUUAUCGCAUAUGAGUUUAUGUUGGGGAGAAGACCAUAUGUAGGUCGAUCCAGAUAGGAGAUCCGUGAUCAAAUACUGGCCAGAUAGGUGUAAAUUAGAGCAAGUGAAGUACCUCCAAAUUGGAGUGCAGAGGCUGUUGAUUUUGUGAAUCGUUUAAUACAACGAAAACCAGCAAGUCGACUUGGUUUUAAUGGGGGCUAUGAAAUUAAAUUGCAUCCAUGGUUUAAGAAUUUCCCAUGGUCAAAAUUAUAAAACAGAGAAAUUAACUGCACCAUUCGUUCCAAAUCCGAGUGA